GUAAUAAUACUACUAAUGUUUUGAUAUAACAUGUUUUGGACCACGCGGACUUCCAUAUGUUCCACACGUAUCAGCUGACGGGCAGAUGAUCACGUGACGAUCAUCUGAUUCCUGAUCAGACAAACGACAGAUUUUUCAGUGAGACCUUACUACUAUGAGGCUGGUCAUUCUCGACGACUAUGAUCUGGCCAGUGAGUGGGCAGCAAAAUACAUCCGCAACAGAAUAGUCCAGUUUAAGCCUUCUGCUGACAGAUUCUUUACUCUGGGCUUGCCAACAGGUAGCACUCCUUAUGGCUGUUACCAGAAGUUAAUUGAAUACUACAGACAUGGUGAUAUUUCAUUCAAAUAUGUGAAAACCUUUAACAUGGAUGAGUAUGUCGGUCUACCUCGUGCUCAUCCGGAGAGUUACCACUCCUACAUGUGGAACAAUUUCUUCAAGCACAUUGACAUUGAUCCAGCUAAUGCUCACAUUCUUGAUGGAAAUGCACAGAACUUGGAGGAAGAGUGUCAGGCUUAUGAGCAGAAGAUCGCUGAAGCUGGAGGAAUCGAGUUGUUUGUUGGAGGUAUUGGUCCUGAUGGUCACAUAGCAUUCAACGAGCCUGGCUCCAGCCUGGUUUCCAGAACGAGAGUGAAAACCCUUGCAAAGGACACCAUUGUGGCAAAUGCUCGUUUCUUUGGCAAUGACCUCUCCAAGGUUCCCACAAUGGCUCUGACUGUUGGUGUAGGAACUGUCAUGGAUGCCAAGGAGGUGAUGAUUCUUAUCACAGGAGCACACAAAGCUUUUGCUCUCUACAAAGCCAUAGAGGAGGGAGUUAACCACAUGUGGACAGUAUCAGCGUUCCAGCAGCACCCACGCACCAUUUUUGUCUGUGAUGAGGAUGCCACCUUGGAGCUCAGAGUCAAAACUGUCAAAUACUUCAAAGGUUUAAUGCAUGUCCAUAAUAAACUGGUGGACCCAGUGCUCAGCAUAAAAGACCAGUAAAGGAGCCAGUGACUAAGGAAGACAACUGAAGGUUGUGACCAAUGAUUUCAGGAUUCAACAUAACUGUUCCACGUCUGAAGAGCUGGUGUUUGAGUCCUUAACUGUGCAUGUUGUUUAUUCAGAAACUUACUUUGAAUGUUAUUCUUUUUAGACUGUUACUGAUUAUUAGUGAAAGGUCACUGUUCAUUUAUGUUGCGAUGUAGUUAUAACAUGAGUUUACCUAUCUGAGGCGUUUUGUUUAAUAUUUAACUAAUUAAAACUAGUUCAUGUUUAACUAGUUUUUUCAGGAUUACUUUUUUCCACAAAGUAAUGACCAUAAACAAAA